GCUUUUACAGCAGUCUUGUGUGUGUGAAACUGUUUCAUCGUCGAGGCACAAGAGCUGUCACUCGAUGCUCUGGUUGAUUAAAGCUAGCACACACAUGAUAGACUUAAAAAUAAAUAGAUAUGUAAAAGGAAUAGAUAAGAACCAGAAACAUGUUGAUGAGAUGGUAACAGUGAAAAAACCAGCGGCAGCACCACCGCUUCUAUCACACCCACCGUCUUGUUUAUUGUCUGUAGCAUCAGCACCAGUAGCAGUUGCAAGCACAAUCUGUUUCAUUCUCUUAGCGGUAGGAGGCUGGAAAUGGUAGAUUUUCAACACAAAAAGAGAAACAACAGAUCCACGCUAAAUAACUGGUUGUGUUCUCAAAAAGCAGCUACCUGAAGAUACUCAAGACUACAUGAUGAUUCUCAAUGAAAACAAUUUCUUAUUUUGUUAUGCUACCAAACAUUUUCUCUGUAACUCUCUUCAGAGAAUACAUUAAGUAUAAUAUUUACCUAUGUUUUAAGCAUAGGGUUUUUUUUUUUUUGGCACUUGAUCUGUUUUUUUCCUUCGAAGUACUGGAGCCUCUUCAGCUUAACAUUUCUUACUUAUUCUUCAUUAAUAGUUUCUUUGAGAGUGUAUUUCCUCGAACCAUUUCAUUAUUAAUGAUAUAAUGAAAUUUUUAUACCAUAGUUCUUCCCGUAUAUUUUUAUAAUUCCAAAUUAUAUUUUUUGUAUUCUAUACACAAUGACAUAUAUUAGACAUCUAUGAAAAAAUUUUAAAACGAUGGAAAACUAAAAAAAAAACAACAAAACCUGUUUAUUUGAGUAAAUACUGGAUUAUAUUUUAUCCAUUUGAUUUGAAACAAAAUAUUUCUAUGCAAAAUUCAAAUUUUCAGUCAUUGUAGUUUGUUCCUAAAGGAUUUUAUUACUACAAUAUAAUUCAGAAUUAAAAGACAAUCAAAGGAAAUAAAUACAAAAAAGGAAAGAAAUAAUAAAAGAGAAAUAUUAAAAAAAAAUUGGCCUGGGAAACUUAAGGUCAUAAUUUUAGUGAGGCUUCCAUUACCAACUAAAGCUGGAGUAUUUAUUUUUUUCAAUUUCAUUUUCAACUUAUAAAACCUACCAAACUACACCAUGAUUAAGAAUGUGUCCCAAGUUCCUUGCCUUGGAGUUUCCUCAACUGAAAUCUGCCGUGGAACUGGAUGCUAUUUUCAUAGGGAUCACCUGGAACAGCGAAUGUCACUCACUGAUGCCUUUGUUCAUAUUUUUGAUCGCUUAAUGAACAACCGUGCUGGACCUGGUCAAGCAUAUAUCCCCACAGAUGUCGAACACCUUGCAAACAUGGUUACACAUGGAUUGUGGAUUUUACCAAGCUUUGGAGGCCUUCUCUGGCUACUGUAUUGGUCUGUAAAUGAUCACCAGUUCCUUAGUGCCUGUGUGUUUGGGCUUGCAUUGUUUGCAUUGUUUACUACUUCUACCAUCUACCAUGCACUAUCAUACUCAGGAAAACUAAAAACUCUAAAGAAUGUCUUUCAUAUUGGAGAUCGAGCUGCUAUUUACAUAUUCAUUGCUGCUUCUUACACUCCAUGGCUAUUAUUGAAAGAUAUGGAAAACUGGGGUGUUCAAGUACGAUGGUUAAUUUGGAUGUUAGCUAUGAUGGGUAUCUCCUACCAAUAUAUGUUCCACGAAAAAUAUAAAUGGUUGGAGACAUUGCUUUAUGUAAUCAUUGGAGUGGGCCCGUCUAUAACAGUAUUAGCAAUGAAAGAAACUUCCGGUUUGUAUGAAUUGACUCUUGGUGGAAUAACAUAUGCUACUGGUGUUGUCUUUUUCAAGUGUGAUGGAAUCAUACCAUUUGCUCAUGCCAUCUGGCAUUGUUUUGUGUUCGUUGGUGCCACCUUCCAUUUCUAUGCCAUCAGUACUUACUUGAUGGGUCAUGAUGUUCAUAAGCAGAUGCCAAUUGUAACAGAUACCUUUUAACUUCAGUCUUUCCAUUAUAUUUAUCAUAAUUCUAUGAACUUAGCAACCAAAAUGCAUUUUGACAUUUUUUCCAAAAACAAUUACCUCUACAUUUUUUCAAUUAUAUAUUUUUUUUUUUGCAUCUUUUUUAAUUUGCAGCACUUUAUUCUGUUGAUGUUGUUACAGUUGUUAUUGAUAAUAUUGUUGACAAUUUUGAAUUCUACACACUUUUUUUCAAUUUACUUUCCUUCCACUUUCUAUUAUUAUUAUUAUUAUUAUUAUUAUUAUUAUUAUUAAGGUGGUAAGCUGGCAGAAUCGUUAGCAUGUCAGACAAAAUGCUUAGUAGUGUUUCAUCUGUCUUAAUGUUCUGAGUUCAAAUUCCACUAAGUUGACUUUGCCUAUCAUCUUUCGUGGUUGAUAAAAUAAGUACCAGCUGAACACUGGGGUCAAUGUAAUCGACUUCACCCCUCCCACCUGAACUUGCUGGCCUUGUGCCAAAAUUAUCAUUAUUAUUAUUAUUAUUAUUAUUAUUAUUAUUAAGUCAGUAGAUUGGCAGAAUCAGAAAAAUAUCCUGUGGUAUUUACUUCUGAUUUUUUACAUUCUGAGUUUAAAUCCUGCUAAGGUCAAAUUUGCUUUUCAUCCUUCUGGGAUUGAUAAAGUACCAGUCAAGUACUGGCUGGGAUCAAUAUAAUUGACUUUCCCUCCCCACUCAAAUUUCUGGCCUUGUGCCUAUUUAAAAGCAAUUACUAUUAUUUUACUAUUAUAAAUUAUGCUGGGUAGCAAAUUCAUCAUGUUUGACAAAAUGCCUUGUCAUAUUCAGUUGCAUCUCUUUAGACUCUUUGUUUAAAACCUGUCAGGGUUGAUUGUAACUUUCAUCCUUCCAGGGUGGGUGGGGUGUCAAUAACAAGUUUCAAUUAUAUAUUGGAGUUAAGUAAAUUACAUUUCUCUCUUUCUCUCUCUAUUAUGGAAAUGUAAAAAAUUAUUAUUAUGACAAAUAAAGCAGUGGAUGGCAGAAAUAGUAGGGCAUCAGACAAAAUGCUUUCCAUUAUUAUGUCCAUUUAUGUUUUGAGUUGAAAUCACAUUUUUCACUUAUCUGAAAAUCAGUAAAAAGUAUCAGUAACAUGUUAAUAUCAGUUUAAUCAACCAUACUCUUCACUGAAAUUUUUUAGGUUUGUGCUGAUAUUAGGAAUUAUUAUUUUUGUUUUAUUUUCCUUGCAUAACAGUAAAUUUUUAACUUGGUUUCAGUUUCAAGCAAGAAAUGUUUUGCUAAUAUUCUUGAGUUAAAGCAUAAAGAUCACAAGAGUUUCUUGCCAAGGAAUCCAGACUGUUUUUUUUUUUUUUAAUGAUGGAAAGUCAGUCACUUUUGUUUUUACUUGUUGCCACAUUAAUCUAAGGUUUAUUAAUUCUAUAGCUACAUUGCUGAAUUUUCCCCUGAUUGCUAGAUAUGAAAUAGUUAUUAUGAUAAUAACAGUAGCUAUAAAAAUACACAAAAUGGCUUUCAUCUCAAUGAAAAUCUCAACUUUUGAAAGUGUAAACUUAAUCUGUUUAGAUGAUUUUUGUUUUUCAUUAUUGCUGUUGUUGUUUUACUGCUUUCUGCCUUAACAACUGCCUUAAAAUAUUCAAUGUUCUAUUUUUGGAGUCAAAACUCAUUGAGGCUAACUUUGACUUUCAUCUUUAUAGUGUUGAUAACAUAAUAGUCUGUUUUAAUUAAAUCACCUCCUUCCUCCCCAAAUUUUCCGGUAUGGUGCCAAGGAAAAGAUUAAUCAUUAUCAUAUUAUUAUUAUUAUUAUGAGACAAGCUUUUUAGCAUAGAAAAUAAACAAUUUCCAGUGGGCCAAGUCCAAGGCCUGGUUUUCAUAUCCAGCUGGAGCUAUUUUACUUCAUUUACAUCAAUAGUUCCAUUGGGAAAGCAUGAACAUCACACAUAUAUUUCUCUUCCACUAUACAGUUGAGGCCUUCUUUCAUCAGAAAUCAUCAUUAUUGUAAUGAACAUCACUGAGUAGGGGUUUGGUCCAGCAUAUGAAGCCUCAUAAUAUGCUUUUGAAUAUUCAGUUGGAGCAGUUUCCCUAUAAUGUUGAUGUUUUCCCAAACACAUCCUGUUUCUCAAACUCUAAAGAUAAUCUUUGUCUCCAUUCCGAUGUAAGAAACAAUUAUUACUAAAAUGUUACAAUGAUAUUAAUCAAAUGGUGAUACCGUUAUCAUAUUCGUUAUUAAACACUUCCAUUUUUAUCCAGUAGUUUUCUUCAUGGGUGGUAUGGAAAAACUUGUCUAGUUUAAUGAUACAAAUGACAAGCUUAAUUGAAGAAUCCCAUUAAUUAUUGUUAUGAAAUCCAAAAGAGAAUCAAAGAAAUCAUUUGUUACCCAUCUGCCUAUCCAUCCUUUUCUUACUGUGAUAUUUUGAAACCAUUUCUGUGCUUGAAAAUGUUGUAAAUUCAUGUAAAUGUCUUUAUAAUUAUUAAUAAAUUUUUUUUUUAAAUUAUAAUACCCAGCUAGUCUAAACACUGGCUGGAAAAACAAUUCAAUUAUAUAAAGAAGAAGAAAACAUUUUUUUGGAAAAUAAAUUGUUUAAAUUGAUUGAA